AGAAGGAGAAUGUUAUGUAAAAGAAGACGACGACGAUAACAGAUCCAACAUGGCUGCGUUGCUUGUCGUUUCUCGUGUCCUUGGAAAAAAGGUUUUGUUACAAAAAGCUUUACUCCCUGGUUGCCCAGCCAGCCUUCGCAAGCUUCAUUUCUCCAUUUAUGGGAAAAGGGGAGAUGCCAAAGUCUCAGAUGCUAUAUCCUCACAUUAUCCAGUGGUAGAUCAUGAGUUUGAUGCUGUUGUAGUGGGAGCAGGUGGUGCUGGACUGCGUGCUGCAUUUGGGUUAUCAGAAGCUGGCUUCAAUACAGCUUGUGUCACCAAGCUGUUCCCCACACGCUCUCACACAGUGGCUGCACAGGGUGGGAUCAAUGCAGCACUUGGUAAUAUGGAGGAGGAUGAUUGGCACUGGCACUUUUAUGACACAGUAAAAGGAUCUGAUUGGUUGGGAGACCAGGAUGCCAUUCACUAUAUGACUGAACAGGCUCCUGCUGCUGUGGUUGAGUUGGAGAACUUUGGUAUGCCCUUCAGCCGUACGGAGGAUGGAAGAAUCUACCAGCGUGCGUUUGGAGGCCAGAGUUUGAAGUACGGAAAAGGAGGCCAGGCUCACAGGUGUUGCUGCGUGGCAGACAGGACGGGUCACUCUCUUUUGCAUACGCUCUAUGGACGGUCUCUGAGGUAUGACACAAGCUAUUUUGUGGAGUAUUUCGCCCUGGACCUGUUGAUGGAAGAAAGGAAAUGUGUAGGAGUUAUAGCCUUGUGCAUGGAAGAUGGUUCUAUUCACCGCUUCAGGGCCAAAAACACAGUAAUUGCUACAGGCGGUUAUGGACGCACCUAUUUCAGCUGCACAUCAGCCCACACUAGUACUGGAGAUGGUAAUGCCAUGGUAACCCGUGCCGGCCUGCCAUGCCAGGAUCUGGAGUUUGUUCAGUUUCACCCCACAGGCAUCUAUGGAGCUGGUUGUCUGAUCACAGAGGGUUGUCGUGGUGAGGGUGGAAUCCUGAUUAACAGUGAAGGAGAGAGGUUUAUGGAACGCUAUGCUCCAAAUGCUAAAGACCUGGCCUCCAGGGAUGUGGUUUCACGCUCCAUGACCAUCGAAAUCCGUGAGGGAAGAGGUGUAGGACCAGAGAAGGACCAUGUUUACCUCCAGCUCCACCACCUCCCACCUCAGCAGCUGGCUUCACGGCUGCCAGGAAUCUCUGAAACUGCCAUGAUAUUUGCUGGAGUGGACGUCACAAAGGAACCUAUCCCAGUCUUACCCACAGUCCACUACAAUAUGGGAGGCAUUCCCACCAACUACAAGGGACAGGUCAUCACUCACAAGGAUGGUGAGGAUAGGGUAAUACCAGGUUUGUAUGCCUGUGGUGAAGCUGCCUGUGCCUCUGUACAUGGUGCCAACCGCUUGGGAGCUAACUCGCUGCUGGACCUUGUGGUGUUUGGCCGUGCAUGUGCGCUCACCAUUGCCGAAAACGACACUCCAGGAGAGAAGCUCGAACCCCUGAAGCCUAAUGCAGGAGAGGACUCUGUCGCUAAUCUGGAUAAAAUGCGCUUUGCUCAUGGUUCUACAAGAACUUCUGAGAUCAGGCUUAACAUGCAGAAGACUAUGCAGUCUCAUGCAGCAGUGUUUCGUACUGGAGAUGUCUUGAAAGAAGGUUGUGACAAGAUGGACACUCUCUACCAGACAUUAGACAACAUUAAGACGUUUGACAGAGGUAUCGUUUGGAACACUGACCUCGUGGAGACUCUGGAACUGCAGAAUCUGAUGCUGAAUGCUGUGCAGACGAUUCACUCGGCUGAGGCUCGCAAAGAAAGCAGGGGUGCUCACGCCCGGGAAGAUUUCAAAGUGCGUGUGGAUGAGUACGACUACUCCAAGCCAUUGCAGGGUCAACAGAAGAAGCCUUUUGAAGAGCACUGGAGGAAACACACACUGUCCUACACAGACCCAAAGACAGGAAAGGUCACUCUGGAAUAUAGACCAGUGAUUGAUGACUCUCUGAACGCUGAAGACUGUGCCGCCAUUCCUCCUGCUAUCCGCUCCUAUUAACCUAUUUACUAUUAUUUAUCAAUAAUAUGCUCAGUCUGAGUCCUUCAGUACAUUACAGAACAUUUGUGUUCAAUUCUGGUAUUUUGAAGGACAUUUUAUUGCUAAUAAAGCAUAAAUACUAAAAAUGGAGGGAUCUAGAAUUUGUUUUUAAAAAAAAAAAAAACCUAGAUAGAACUCGACGCCAAUGGCGUUGAUGGGGAUGCCUCCGCCUGGUAGAUGACAUGCCUUAUUAAGUUGUGAUUUGGGGAUGGACAUUUGACCUCACAGUAAUCUUGACCUGGUGAAAUUACUUGUAGAUUUAGAAAUUACUUGGAGAUAUUGUGUUUGCAAGGUUUUCGGACAGACAUUUGACCUCACAGUGACCUUGACCUUAGACCUUUUGAUCUCAAAAUCUAAUCAGUUUAUCUUUGUCCCCAAAUGCACAAAUGGUGAAAGUUUGGUGAAAUUCCUUUCAUCAGCCUUUGAGAUAUCGUGUUCACAAAGUUUCGGGACGGAUGCACGCAUGGACGGUCGGACGGACAGACGGACAACCCAAAAACAAUGCCUCCUGCACCUUAAGGUGGUGGAGGCAUAAAAAACGAAUUCAGGCCAACAUGUAAACAUAAGUUCCAUAUGUACUUGUGUUCUACUGAAUGAGCCUCAUUUAUCAAGCUUCAAGCAAAUAAAGGAAUUUAUUUGUCGACUUUUAAUCAUUCGUAGUUAGUUCACAAAAGCGUUCGUAUUCUACAAGAGCUCCUGAGUUUGUGUGGCAUGACGUUUUAUGACUCUCACUAAUGUGAACCUUGAUCGAUUGACUGAGUUGACACACGGCAAUUUAAUGAACAUUUGGUGAACUUCAUUUCAUAUUAAUGUAAUUUGCUUUAAGAAAUACUGAUGGUGUUAGUAUUUGGAGGGUGGGUAUUUUAAAAAAAAAAAGAAAAGAAAGCAAGCCAACACAAAUCCAUCUGUAGACAAAAAGAAAUGCUGUAUAAAAAGGGAGGAUGUGGUGCAACAGUGUACAAGUCUGUUCUGUUGCCGUGCAUCUUCGAUUCAUGCUGUGAAAGCCAGCACUAACAUAAAUUAUCGAUUUGGAUUGUCUUGGUGUGCUGUACAUUCCCUAGUGUGCUGCAGGACUUCAUCAAGCAUCCCAAAUCUAUCAGGUUUCCUUCCAACACUCUCAUUCCCUCCUGCUUUUCCAGUGUGACAGUGGUGUGUGAGAGGCUGAAGAGCUUGUGUUGUCAUGAGAGAUUUCUGGUGGACAAUUGCAGAGCAUCAUUUUAAAACAAAAAAUGUGGAUGAUGCCCCGAGUUCAGUGUAGAUACUUUUUACUCCAUUUUCAUGUCACAGUUUUCUUGUAACUUAAAGGUCAUAGGCAAUGGUCGGAGGUGAAACAUAGAAUAUCAACUUUAUGGUCUAGAAGACCAACCCAAAAAGCAAAUUCAAUUUUCCUAGUGUCUAAUUUGCACCCUAAAAUUGAAUAAAACAGUUAAAAUAUACUGUUUUGCCCAAUUUCCGAAGGUUUGUUUACAUCUCACUUAUGCGCACUUUCACCGCCAGGGAACAGUCGUUGUGAUGUCAUUUAAGGCAAACAGACUGGGAGCAGUUCUGUGUUUACUUGCGAACCGAGCACACGUGUAUGGACUUUGGUCGUGAGAGGUUGUGUAAAAUGUCUGAAGGCGAUAGCGAUUUUGAAGUAGGAACUCUCCAAAUUGAAUAUCGAGAGGUGAAACCAUACAUGUAUGAACCUAUGGCCAUUGCGAAGUAAUCGGUGAAUGUGGCUCACUGGUUUGACCGUGCAGCCUUGGAAUCGGACAGCGACUUGGCUGACUCUGAUCGUGGUGAUCCCGGACUUCAACAAGACUCGCGCCCAAACGAUUUAUCCUGAUAGUGAUGAUAAAUUCCUACUUUCAUCGUAAUACUAAAUAAGAGCCCUUUUGAAGAAUAAUUAAACCGCCCUCCCUAGUGGAUAUAGGUAACGAUUACUUGACAGUGCGCCGGUAGGCCACGUUAGCCUGCCAUCCACGGCACUGUACUAUUUAUAGCCCAUUCUAAGCAAGGAAAUAUGCCUUUGUCUCAUUUCCACAAUGAUUGUACAGGAUCCCUCAGGAUUCUUGACUUGUCAAUUGCAAGCAAAAGUAAAAAUGUUUACCCCCAAUCUUCUCCUUUUUGCUUGAGCAUUGCUGGUCCGUUUCUUCUUUGACUGCUUGAUUUUGUUUCACGCACACAAUCCACUCUCUCCGCCUCGUCUCUUGUUCCGGAAAAAAACAACUCUCUGGCUUCACACACACAAUCCACUCUCUCCGCCUCGUCUCCUCUUUUGGAAAAAGCCAACCCUCUUGCUCCACCUCGUCUCCUCUUCCCGGAAAAAGCCAAUCCACUCUCUCUGCCUCCUUCUCUUCUCUCAGAAAAAGGUAAAAACUUCUUCCUGAACUGGUCCCGUUGUUACAGUUCACUGCACAACAAUAAGGCAUUGUUUAUUGUUAAAAGUGCUAUACAAAUAAACUUGACUUGGCAUGGUUUUUCUUUGGAAAUUCCUGAAUGCACGUCUGCACUCAAGCCGAACGGCAAUGUAAGUAAACAGAAGUGGACUCAACUCAAGCGGUUUGUUUGUCUUAAAUGACGUCACGCGCCGAGUGGUCACGAAAAUAGCCGAACAGAAAUUCGCCACGAUCCGCGCUAACUUAUUUUAAUGAUUAUUUAUUAACAAUACUUCUUGGGAACAGAAGACAAUUACAGAGGGGUUUUUUUAACGUAUAAAGUUUCAAAUGUGCAUAAAAUUAAAACCGUUGCCUAUGAGCUUUAAUUUACUGUGCAAGUCAAAAUAACUUCUGCUGCAGAGAAAUUUUUCUCACGCUUUGUUGUCCUCGGUGAGCUUUGCCUUUUACAGAGUUUUAUGGGCAUCGCUAAAUGCAAACGAGCUGUAGCAUGAAUGUGCUUUGCACUUUACGAGUGACUUGUAAUUCAACACAGAACUAUGAACAAAAUCAACAUUACUGAAACGUUAGCAAAUGUGGCAGCAAUUUUUCUUACGGUUUAUCUGACAAACAUUUGCACACAACUUGAUAAAUGAGGCCCGUUUUUCAUGUGUUUCACCAAUGUACUUCCUGCUGAAUGUGCUUUAGAGAGUCGUUAAAUUGCUUUCCAUCUGCUUUUGUAGUGUUUUUUUUUUUUUUUUAAUAAUUGGGGUUAUUGGGUUUCUGUUGUAGUCUCUUCCAUUUCUACUGCACUGAAUCCUUGAUGAUGCAACACAAGAUAAUCUGACUGGUUGCCUCCGAGCAAUAUUUACUUCUUAAUUGAAUAAAGUUGAUCUGACCAUCUGA